UAAAAUCUAAAUGCCUCUUUCUUAUUUCCCGUAAUUUGUGUCCUUCUCUCUAAUCCCCCUUCUUCAACAUUUUAGCUUCUUCUCUUUCUCAAAUCCCUAUCUUCAAAAUUUCAAGAUUAUCACUUUAAAGACAGAUUUUUUUUUUUUGACAAAAAAAAUGACUCUGGCUAUGGCUGUUUGGAGUGCUGGUCUUCACUUCAGUGCUGCUCGUAGUAGCUUGAGACCUUUGGAGAAAACCAUUUGCACUGCCCCUUUCUUGAAGGCGUCAUCUGGGUUUGCUGCUACUAAGCCAUUCUGCAUCCUUAACACAACAAGAUUGUCAUAUUCUGGAACUACAAUUAUCCCUCGAGCAGCACCUGUUACUGAUGUGAAGGAUGGGAAUCAAGGUGAGACUGAUACCAUUCCAACUCCCGUAGUUAUAAUUGACCAAGACUCUGAUCCCGAUGCUACCAUGGUGGAGAUAACUUUUGGUGAUCGGCUUGGGGCACUUCUUGACACAAUGAAUGCAUUAAAAAACUUAGGUCUCAAUGUUGUUAAGGCAAAUGUCUUUCUGGAUUCAUCUGGCAAGCACAACAAGUUCUCCAUCACAAAAGCUGAUACUGGCAGAAAAGUGGAAGAGCCAGAGUUGUUAGAGGCAAUUCGUUUAACAAUUAUAAAUAAUCUUAUUCAGUACCACCCGGAAUCAAGUUCCCAGUUAGCAUUGGGAGCAGCUUUUGGACUUCUGCCUCCAAAAGAGCAGGUUGACGUAGACAUAGCAACCCACAUAAACAUUUCUGAUGAUGGCCCAGAUCGAAGCUUGCUGUAUGUGGAGACAGCUGAUCGGCCUGGAUUACUGGUUGAUCUUGUAAAGAUUAUUACUGACAUUAACAUUGCUAUUGAAUCAGGAGAAUUUGACACUGAGGGGCUCUUGGCUAAGGCAAAGUUUCAUGUCAGCUACAACGGUAAAGCAAUCAGCAAGCCUCUCCAGCAGGUUCUUGCUAACAGCUUGAGAUAUUUCUUGAGGCGUCCGACAACUGAGGAAUCUAGUUUUUGAGUGGCACUUCAUGGAAAGUAGUGCAGGACAUUGUAUUCUCUUUUGGAGUAUAACCACCAUGGGAUUGUACAAUGUUUGCAUUCGUUUUGUCAUUCGAAGGAUAAAUGAAAAAUAUGGCUAACCGAUAGCCACAGCACAAAGCAUUAAAUCAUAAAAUUAAAUCAACAUGGAUGGAUAGGAUUGUAAAUCCACUCUUACAUAAUAAAUUUGAGUAUUUAUUCUUGAAAAUAGGAUAAUAUCUAUAGGUGUUUUCUUUCUCA